GAUUCCGAGGCUCAAUCGCAUCUUCAAAGUCACAUAAUUGGCAAAAGCCUUUGGGGUCACGGUCAUCGGUUGGGUUGUUUGUAGUUAACCGCCAGAUCUGACCAGAUCAGCCCCAGACCGGGAGUCGUCAGUCGAGUUCCUGAUUUGAGGAUCAAGUGCUCAUCGAUACUAUCAACAUGCUGGUGCCACCGGACAUGAUGGCCGCCCAGACGCGAAUCAUUUACCAGAUGAAUCGAUUUUGCGCCGAACGCGUCCAGGCGCGCAUUUUUAAAACGGCGACGGCCAUUCGAGAGAUCUGUAAAAUUGUACAGGAUAUACUCAAGGAGGUGGAAUUACAGGAGCCGCGAUUCAUCUCCAGUCUUGUUGAGUGCAAUGGCAGGUUUGAGGGUGUUGAAGUGAUCUCGCCCAAUGAGUUCGAGAUUGUGCUCUAUCUUAACCAGAUGGGCGUGUUUAACUUUGUGGAUGACGGGACACUGCCCGGCUGUGCGGUGCUCAAGCUGAGCGAUGGACGCAAGAGAUCCAUGUCCCUGUGGGUGGAGUUCAUCACUGCGUCGGGAUAUCUGUCGUCCCGCAAGAUUCGGGCACGCUUCCAGACAUUGGUGGCACAGGCCUGUGACAAGAGCAUCUAUCGGGAUAUGGUCAAGAUGAUUGGAGAUACCACAGAGGUGAAGCUGCGCAUACGGGAACGCUUUGUGGUGCAAAUAACGCCGGCAUUCAAAUGCUCCGGCAUCUGGCCAAGAUCGGCGGCACAUUGGCCCAUGCCGCACAUACCCUGGCCACAUCCAAACAUUGUCGCCGAGGUGAAAACCGAGGGCUUUGAUCUACUCUCCAAGGAGAGCAUCAUCAUGCAAAACAAGAACAACAAUGCGGCCAGCAUGGAAGGCGAUGCCUGGGUGCUCAGUUUCUUUGAAGCUGAGAAUCGGCUGUUGCAAGGUAGCUGCCGUCGUCGCUGCUUGAGCAUAUUGAAAACGCUGCGUGACCGUCACUUGGAGCUGCCCGGGAAUCCGAUCAGCGCGUAUCAUCUGAAGAAUCUGCUGCUCUACGAGUGUGAGAAGCAUCCGCGUGACUUUGAGUGGGACGAGAGCUGCAUUGCGGAUCGACUGAAUGGUAUAUUCCUGCAGCUAAUCUCGUGCCUCCAAUACCGACGCUGUCCCCACUAUUUCCUGCCCAGUCUCGAUAUGUUCAAGGGCAAAUCUCCCAGCGCCCUAGAACAGGCGGCUAAGCAGGUCUGGCGUUUAACUCGUGAGAUGCUCACUAAUGCCAAUGCCUUUGAAAAGUUGUAAGCGAAAUCUCUCAGCAAAGGCAGAGAAAGAGACAGAGAGAGAGAGAGUAUAGAAAGAGAGCGAAGCGUGUGUACGAGUAUGAUUCAAGGUGCUAAAUUUUCAUUGUCACAGGGCGACGAUUGCGUUGAUCUGAUAAGCGACUGACCUCAGUGGCUGCCAUUUUGUGUGCCAUGUGUGUGUGCCAUGUGUGUGUGUGUGUGUGUGUGUGUGUGUGUGUGUGUGUAUCAGUGUGUGUGCAUAGCAACAACAAUAGCAAGCAGCGAGACCCGAAGUGUUAAUGCAAAGAUGCGAGAUAAGCCGCACUUUUGCCCACUCCUCAAAUCCAGCAAAAAAA